AUCGAGGAGAGAUAAUAUCAAACUUAAGUGUCUUACACUCCGAUAAAUAAAUAAGUUCGUCGCAGUGUUCUGAGACGUGUGGGUGUUCGAAGUGACAAAGAAUCUGGCUCAAAAUGUCAGGACGAAUCGCUAAGCUUUUUAAAGACCCUGAAUCGAGCGACUGCGACAUAAACCUGCUCCUGUUGGGCGGAACCGGCGUGGGCAAAUCCACAUUUAUCAAUUCAAUAUCAAACUAUUUCAAAUAUCGGGACUUCAAAUCGGCCCAAAAAGGAACAGUUCAAGUCCUUAUCCCAGUCAGUUUAAACUUGUCGAACUCAAAAGUCGUCUGUGGCGAUCCGGAUAAAAACGAAAGCCACGACCACGGGAAAUCGGCGACUCAGAAUGUGAAAGUGUACUUAUUCCCGAUUAAAGUGGACGACAAAGUGUACAAUUUGCGAAUAGUGGAUUCGCCGGGAGUGGGAGAUCCUAGAGGAAUCGACCAGGACAACAUCCACAUAGACAACAUUUUAGCCUACUUGUCCACGCUGAAAAAGCUGCACGGGAUUUGCUUCGUGAUGAAAGCCAACGAGACGAGGUUCACGAGCUUCGUGGAGUACUGCUUGAAGCAGGUGCUGACCCGACUGGACAAAAGCGCUAGUAACAACAUCAUUUUUAUCACCACGUAUAGCAAGAGUGCGCAGUAUACAGCAGGGGAGACGAAAAUCCACUGCCUUGGACCUCUGGUGGACAACAUCAAGUCCAAACCUCCCCAUGUGGACAUCCCCUUGACCGACAAAAACGUAUUCGCUCUGGAUAAUGAGGCGUUUAAAGUACUCUUGGAGAUGCAAGAAGGGAAAAAAUUCAGGAAACACGAAGUGGCCGGCUUUUCCGAAAGCUGGAAAGCUUCGUCGAAAGCAUGCAGACGGUUGUUGAAGUACAUAAUCGGUGAUGAAAAGACCGCACCUUUACAACCACAUGAAGUCGAAAGUACCAUCAGCGUCAACGAGGUGAGGUUUCUGGUAGAACAGUUAGCGACCCCCAUUGCCGAAGUGUCUGAAAACAUCCAAGACAACCUGCUUUUGCUAGACAGACACAAGAAAAACUUAAACCUUGAAACCCAAUCUUUGGGUCAACUGAAGCAGCAGUUGUUCAUUCCGUGUGUUGAUCUAAUAGUAAGGGAGUUAGAUCAGCCGGUUACCGUGUGCACGGAUCCCCGCUGCGCCGAGGUGGUUAAGGUCAACAAAGUCACUGAAUGGCACUACGCGCAAAAAUGCCACAACCCAUGCUUCCUCGAAGGCGUCCCUAGAGAGAUGGUCGGUGACCCAGGACUCCUCCAGUGCCAAGCCAUACAAGAUAACGAAAACUGCAUCGAGUGCGACUGCAACUGGCGGGUCCACAUGCACAUUUACAAAACCACCGAGAAAGUCCAGACCCAGAAAGAGGACACCACCAUCCGGGAGGCCAUCAGAGACAAAGAAGACGCUCGUUUCAAAAUACAAAAGUUGAUGAAAGACUUGAAUAAACGGAUGAGCGAACUAGAAGAAGAGGGCGAAAUUAUUGCUGAGAGCGUCGCUAAAUUUUCGUUCUUUCUUCAAGAACACGCACUGACGCCUUUCAACGACGCCUACAGCGACUACAUCAAACAACUCAUCAAAAACGAGAAGUCGCUUGGUAAGUUCAGCGAUCCCAUGGUCAUCCAGAAGCUAGAAAAACUAGUGCAGAAACACGAACAUUUGCAAAGAACUUUGCAAAAGAAUGCUCAAAAGUUCGGUAAAAUGGGUGCACCCCCGAAUUUGACGCCUCAAGCCAUCAAGAAGAGCAUCAGCAACCUGUACAAGCUGAAACACAUGGGCCCCAAAAUAGAAGAACUCAUCAGAAAAUCUUCCGCUUGUCGCAGUAGAGAAACACAGAAGAAUUUCAACUGCGUGGUGUCUCAGCAGGUCGAUUUGGACGAUUUGUACUCGAUUUAUGGGGGAGGCAAUUCUGUGUACGGCAGCGAAUAUUCGUACGGAACUUCUAGAAGCGAUUACUAUUCACAGUAUGAACUAGAUGGACUUGGUGGCUCUCAGCGAAAAACCCGAAGUCCGUCACGACAUGAAUACAGUCGAUACGAAGCAGAACGCCAGUCCACUAGAAGUAGACGCUCCUCUGACUCAGACAACAGCGGAACCCUCACCUACGUGUCAGGUUCUAGGUCGGUCAAAUCCAGCAAAUCGACAAGGAGCAGCGGACGGAGUUCAGAUGACGGCGCCUCCAGAUACACAUCUAGUUCUAGAUCAGUAAGAUCUUCCAGAAAUAGACGUUCUUCUUCAGAUGAUGAGACAUCCGUCAAGUAUGAGUCGAGCUCUAGGUCGACUCGAUCCACCAAAAGCAGGAACUCCGAUUCAGAUCACUACGCAGGUUCCAGAUCAGUCAGAUCAUCAAAAAGUAGACGUUCUUCAGACGAGGAUACAUCCAUCACGUACGGAUCAAGCACUAGAUCAGUUAAAUCUAUCAAAAGCAGACAGCUCGAUUCAGAUGACGAUACAUCCGUAAAAUACGAUACGAGUGCCAGAUCAGUCAAAUCAUCCAAGAGCAGAUAUACUGUGUCAGAUGACGAUACAUCCGUCAAGUACGAGUCAAGCGCUAGAUCAGUUAAAUCUACCAAAAGUAGACACCUUGAUUCAGAUGACGAUACAUCCGUCAAGUACGCUAGAUCAGUUAAAUCUACCAAAAGUAGACACCUUGAUUCAGAUGACGAUACAUCCGUAAAAUACGAUACGAGUGCCAGAUCAGUCAAAUCAUCCAAGAGUAGAUAUACUGUGUCAGAUGACGAUACAUCCGUCAAGUACGAGUCAAGCGCUAGAUCAGUUAAAUCUACCAAAAGUAGACACCUUGAUUCAGAUGACGACACAUCCGUCAAGUACGCUAGAUCAGUUAAAUCUACCAAAAGUAGACACCUUGAUUCAGACGACGACAAGUCCGUUCGGUCGUCCAGAAGCAAACGCACUCACAAUUCGGAUGACGAUAAAUCAGUAAGAUCGUCUAGAAGCGACUAUCAUUCAGAAUAUAGAAGCCAGAAGUCUUCUAGAACUAAACACACUCCAGAGUCAGACGACAACAAAUCCGUCCGGUCCCAUAGAAGCACCUAUUCUACUUCUAGCAAAUCGUCUAGAGCGCAGUUUCCGCUUCCUGAUUCGGACGACAAUAAGUCCGGUCGUCACAAAAUUUCUGGAAAUAACUUUACGCACGACUCGGGUGAUAAAUCGUCUAAAAAACAUUCUAAGAAAUCGGAUGACGAAAGAUCCGUGCGGUCGUCCAGAAGCGAGUAUUACUUGAAGGGUGGAAAUCAACACCCGGAGAAAUCGUCCAACAAAAAUCCAGAGUAUGAGUCAAAAGGUGGUCGUCGCUAUCACCGCAAGGACGGACAUGGAGAGAAAUCGGACGAAUAUGAGAGCAAGAAGUCGUCCAUGAGUCAGUACUAUUCUCGGCAAGACAAGAAAAAUAAAUCUAAGAACGUUUCUGGUUCGUCGGAUGACGACUCUCCCUACGACUUCAUGGAAAAUGAAGAAUGAGAUUUUGUGAUUGGUUUCUGUAUUUUAAAUGUCAGUCGGAUUUACAAUAAAUAUGUUAAUUUUU